AUGGGGAAGGCCGGCCCUGCGGCCGGAGUUCGGGACGGUGCCGCCUCCUCUGCGGAGGACUUCGGUCUUGUUCGUGUCUCCAUCCACAAUGGGACCGCCACUUCUCUGACUAAACCUCAGACCUCCCGCCGCACCCUCAGCAGGUUCUCCUGUGCCCUCACGCGGUCCUCCCGAGGUCCCCACACCCUGUCCUUCCUCUGCUGCUCCCGACCCCCCAGCAGUCCUUUCCUGCGCAUCGGGGGUCUGCACCCAAACUGCGAGCACCCUUGUGCCUAUCUUCAGCCAGACUUACACAGCAGUGGCGUUGAUUUAAUUAACUGUAUAUUAAUCUCGCAGGGUUUCUUCCGGCGGACUAUUCGACUAAAACUGGUUUAUGACAAAUGUGACCGUAGCUGCAAGAUUCAGAAAAAGAAUCGAAACAAGUGCCAACAUUGUCGCUUCCACAAGUGCCUUUCGGUUGGGAUGUCCCAUAACGCAAUUCGCUUUGGACGAAUGCCAAGAUCUGAAAAAGCAAAACUGAAAGCAGAAAUCCUCACAUGUGAACACGACAUAGAAGAUUCUGAAAUGGCAGAUCUGAAGUCCCUCGCCAAGAGAAUUUACGAGGCCUACUUGAAGAACUUCAACAUGAACAAGGUCAAGGCUCGCGUCAUCCUGGCGGGAAAAGCCAGCAACAAUCCACCUUUUGUCAUACAUGACAUGGAGACGUUGUGUAUGGCUGAGAAGACGCUAGUGGCCAAGCUGGUGGCCAAUGGCAUCCAGAACAAGGAGGCGGAAGUCCGCAUCUUCCACUGUUGCCAGUGCACAUCUGUAGAGACUGUCACGGAGCUCACGGAGUUUGCCAAGUCCAUCCCUGGCUUUGCAAAUUUGGACUUGAAUGAUCAGGUCACUUUGCUGAAAUACGGAGUUUACGAGGCCAUAUUUGCAAUGCUGUCUUCUGUGAUGAAUAAAGACGGGAUGCUGGUAGCAUACGGAAGUGGUUUUAUAACUCGCGAAUUUCUAAAAAGCCUCAGAAAACCGUUUUGCGAUAUCAUGGAGCCCAAAUUUGAUUUUGCGAUGAAGUUCAACGCCCUGGAACUGGACGACAGCGAUAUCUCCCUUUUUGUGGCCGCUAUAAUUUGCUGUGGAGAUCGCCCCGGCCUUCUAAACGUGGGACACAUUGAAAAAAUGCAGGAGGGGAUUGUGCACGUGCUCAAACUGCACCUGCAGAGCAACCACCCAGACGACACCUUCCUCUUCCCAAAGCUCCUUCAGAAGAUGGCGGACCUCCGGCAGCUCGUCACCGAGCACGCGCAGCUAGUGCAGGUCAUCAAAAAGACAGAGUCGGACGCGGCUCUGCACCCACUGCUGCAGGAAAUCUACAGGGACAUGUACUGAGCUGUCGGAAAUGAACAAGGGAAAAAGGAACUUUUCAAGGAUUUUGAACGUCGACAGCACUACAAACAAGGAAGGGGAGCGAGGCUGCUUUGCACAGAUGUCCACCGUUUUAACCUUCGGGAACAGGAAGUCCAAUCCCCAGGUAACGAGGACCCUGUUCCACACUUCCUCCUCCUUUUAAUCAGCACUUCUAAGCACGUGCAAAGUACAGAAAUGCUGGCGGUAAGCGGCUGAUAGUCAGGACUUGGAAAUUAAGGAGGACGAUGUUAUGUGUUCUGUGGUCUAAGUCGAACAUGCCUGGUGUUAAUCAAUGCGGACUUCUUUCAAUCACGUUAGUAAUUCGCCACCAGGUUAGCUGGUGACCUCGGAAUACCUAGUGUGUCUUCCCUUGGUACCACCGGUGACUGUCGUGCGCCUUUAUAAUUUCGAAAACUAAUCAGCACUUUUUAACUUUUAUAAUCCUGUAAAUCUAGGUGUAUCCAAAGGUUAGAUAUUUAAAACGCAGCAGAUAUUUAUUCAGAUGACUUUGAUUCUGCUUCCCGAAUUUGAAGAAAGACAACGUGCUGCUUUUAAGCAUAGGAUUUAGAAUGUCAAAAAAUUAUUUGAUAAGCUACGGAAAUGCAGCCGCUGUUAGGUUCAGUUCACUUUUCAUGGUUCUGCUACGUGGAGAGGCCUAUUUCCAGGUCGUGUAAAGGUCCCGGAAAACCGCUGGGCCGCGCUCUGCACUUGACCACAGGCCCGCGUUAAGCCAGCGUCUGUGGCGAGCGGGCUCACGACGAGCUCCGAGAAGACCGCGUCCUGGUUCCCUCACCUCUGUUUCUUCUCAAAUCCGAACCAACCCAGCCAGGGCGCGUUGGGGGCCCCGGUAGCGUUGUGAGGGGCAAACCGACAACUUAUCUGUACAUGUCCUUCCAGGCCCUGUGGGCCAAGGCAGCUCCUUGGUCUUUCCCCACGCGUUGCUUUUUAAAAUGACGCAGCUUUAUUUUCGUAGCUCUUGGUGGUAGCAGCUGCUUCUCGGAGUGGAGAAAACAAGGCAAAUGUGACUUUAGAGCAAGGGUGGGACAGUGGGGCAGGGGGCUGACAGGUCACCUGAAGAACCCUCCAGGGGUUGGGGGAGGGCUAAGUCCUACGGAAGGUGGUUUCAUUUAGUCUCAGGGUUCACAAUGGGCUGGUGCUUUUUACCGAGAUUGAGGUAGUUAAGUGUCCUUUUUGAACCACGGACGUAGGGUGGUUUUUCCAGUGUCUAAAAUACUCGUUUCAGCCUUAAAGAUCCAUAUGUCAGCUUCGGUCCACCUGUGAAAGCAGCUUAUGGCUUUUGUCUGGAGCUGGUGGCCCUGGAAGCACUCUCUCUUUCUGUCCGUCAGAGUGGAGCCAUUGUCCCUUUCCUCCCGGCCAGACUGGGCUGCGCCUGCCAGUGCCAUCGCGUCCACAGGGGCCACUGGACGCCUUGUCCACAGGUUGUAUCCUUGACACCCCUCCCCCUCUAUCUUUAGAAAAUCUGGCUUUUUAAGGUCACUAUCAUUUGCUUUCGAAGAAGGAUCAGGACUGAUAUUCAUAAACUUUUCAAGAUCAGCAUUAGGAAAAUGCAGCAGUAGAAAAAACAAAACUAUGAGACUUCGAUUUGAAAAAAACAAAAGUUACAAUUAGAACAUCCUUUUAAAAAUUCCAUAUUCGGUGGGUUUUUUUUUUUAAGAUCCAAUCAAAGGAUCUGUUGGAAGCAAAAGUAUUUCCACACGUGAAUGACACCGAUCAAGGGGCCACCUCAGCCAGAAAGGACCCAAGCUUUGCAUCACGUGCAGUGUCCCUCCCAAUGCUCUUGCCUGGAAUGAGCACCCUGCACUGAUGAGGCUGGGGCUAUGGGCCAUCCAAGGUCACGGGUGUGGGGGCCGGAUACCAAUGCCAGGUGUUUUGCUUCUGUUGACCAUUGUCCUCACUCCGAUGGACCCGAGAGAGAUGCCUCGAGACCUGGGCUUUCCAAAAAGUCAUUCAUAAUGUUUAGAUUUUCACAAAAGCGAUCUAGAGUGGCCUCGUGUUUCACACCUUCCACAGUAACAGUCAGGCUAACAGAAGGCACGGGUUCUGCAUUAGCAGCGUUACCCAGCGUUAGUCCUCUUGGGACCUGGCCAGACUACCGGCACUGUCCCUGGUGAAGCCACAGAGGAAGCCACAAGUGACCUCAGCUUGAAAGUCACUUGACAUUGUUCACGUUUAUCAAUAGAAAAAGUCACAUGUUCCCAUUCAUUUUAAAUAACAGAGUCACCAAUUGCCACUCAGAAUAUUUUGGGUCACCUAAUCAGAGAUUUCUUAGAGUGUUGACAGUCAAAUACAGAUGAGUUAUUCACCAGUUCAGUACAGCAUAGUAUUUCAAAUAGGGGUUGGUCGGGGAGUGCAGGUCUUGCUUGCUAGGUUUCAGCUGGCAUCAGCACAAAGUACAAUAGAAAUGUAGAAGCAGGUUCAAGAAGCUUCCAGCUACGAGUGUGCAGCCACCUCUUGAGCUACAUGCUCCCCCUUGACCCCUGCUUCAGCAAGUCACUACUUAAACCUGCUCCUUCGUGUCCCUGUAAUAGCCGAAAGUGACAAACUCCUCCGAGACCACAAAAUUACCAGACAGCCUUGGCCUUGAGUGCUGACGGGAACGGAGGGACAACUGGGGCUCAUCCGAGAUACGCCUCCCAACCGUGCUGCGAGCUCCAGGCUUGGAUCCCACCCGGUGCUCUCUACCUGAUCCGACAGCAUGUCCCUCCCUACCACCUCUCGUGCAUUUCCGGUUGGGUGUCCCUCAUGCAGGAGUCUGUAGCAGCCACCCUGCGAGAAGCCAGAGGGUUGUACUAUAGGAAGCCAUUUCGGUGACGUCCAGUAUCGUCAAAAGCAGGAAGCUCCCAAUUGCACCAGCGAGCGCAGGAUUCAGGAGCAGCUUGAAUAUUGUCAGAGCACUCGAGAGCCAUUCCUUCCUUCCCACCUUGCUGUCCGGUUUCCCUGAGACGUUUCUAUGACACUCUGGUGAGGUGGUUCAGAGCAUCUUCCUAGGGAGCAUGUAUGCAGACAUGCAAAUAAUGAAGGUGAACUUGAGGACGGAGAAACUCACUUCCCGGCACAUUUGAGAAUACCUGUGAGAGCUGUCCUUGUUCUAAGGGAUUCUCGCUUUUCAUUUUAAGAGCAUAGAAUGUAGCUUUCUGCUAGUACCGAUGUGGGUCUGCCACGUGCCCAGCUAAGAUGCUCAUGGCCUUGAGGACUGUGUGGCUGGUCCAGGAACAGCUCAGCAUCCAAACACCUGAGCAGGGGCUCAAGGCACAAGUCAAAUCCUCUGAUGUUUGUUCAUAAGUAAACUAUCAAUUCAGCAACUACUGUUCCCCCAAAUCUACAGCGUAACAGCUACCUCAGUAGAGAUGUCAAAAGGCCCUUAAAAUUAAGACGCUCAGACCACCGCCGCCUCCUCGGUGCACCUCUGGCCAGGCCUUCUCUGGUCAGGGCGCGGGCUGCAUGCUCACCUCUCGUCUGCACUCUGAGAAGUGAAGGUUAUCUGACUUUCAAAGGAGCUUCUGUAGUUUAAAGGGAGCCUCAAGGAUACACAUGUACAGUAGCCGCUGCCUGGUUUAGUAAGCAGCCUGAGUGAGACCUGGUUUAGGAGAAGUGGCGGUGGCCAGACCUGCAGUCACGCACCACCCGAGGCCUCCGCUUUCAGUCGGCGGGCCGCACACGAACCCGUCCACAGGGAAGUCCUGCCUGGUGGGGACGGAGGGAGUGCUUGCACACCAGCCGGAGUCAGACUGACUUCCAAGGUCCUGACCCCCUUAGUCACUCCUGGGCCUCUGUGCACAACUCCAGGAGUUUCCCGCCUCUUGCCCCCUUUUCAAAACACAGUGACACUAGGCGCUCUUAGUGGCCAGAUGUGCAAUGGUCUUUGGUCUUGACUCAGUGGUCUCACUUGUCUUUGAAAUGUCUUAGGAACUCCUGUGUUAAUGUGAGUCCGUUGUUUCAACCGAUGGCAUUUCCAGCUAAAACCGACUUGACCACUGGCCUGGCUUUCAGUCGAGGGCUGUCAGGGACCCAGAGGUCAGCUACCUUCAGAGCACCUCUUCAGCCUCUGGUGCUAUUCGCAGCGCAGAUCCUGCUGGGAAAACGGGAAGUGCUCACAGCUGCCAUGUAUGCCGUGGAUCUUUCCAGCUUUCAGAGCAGGAGCACAUACCAGGUCUCCUCUGACUCUCAGCCCCUGGAGGGGUCUGGAUGGAAUCACCCCCAUCUUAGAGUGAACGGCCAGGCUCCGGUAAAGGGCCACCUGGUGGCGUUGCAGGUCUUUGGCCCAGGGUAGCACCCUUCCCCCACCUUCCCACUCUCGCCAGCCAUUUACAACAGGCGGUACAACCCGCCCGCCCUCCGCCCAUGCUCUUGUGCUUCAUAGCCUGGUCACCUGAUGCCAUGUUCCUGGGGGAGGGGGGGGUCACUUGCUUCCAGCCUUUUUUUAAGUUCACAACAGUGGUGUCAAUUCAGGAGAAGCAAGGAAAUUAUGCUCUGUAUAAAAGUUGUAAACAAAGACCAAUGUCACCCACAGAGGGCCUACCAGUUAUUAAAAAAUGUCCAUGGAUUUUCCCCACACACCCAGUUUUCACACCAGUGGCACUGCCAGGUACUGGGCAGUCCCAAAGCCAGAUCCUGUCUUUGUUCUCAGGUGAAGUGGCCCAGCUUCUCUUAACUCUUGGGCCAGGCUGACUCAUGGACACCCCGUUGAGUAACAAUUCUUAGCAACCAAGUCUGGCGUCGAGUGACCAGUCCAGGAGACUCCUGCCCCCAGACAGCAGCAACCUUCUACCGGCACAGUCGGAAGGGAAAAGCCUGUGAGCACCCACAGCGCAGAGAGGCUCAUAGGUGGUGCAGUGUGGUCUAGUGGGGGGAGCAGAUGAAGGUCAAGGCACAGAGGUUGACCCGUCCACACACCAUGCUGACAGCACCUCCCUAAACCGAGGGGUCUUUGAUGCCAUAAGGUGGUCAAGUGCAGGGACUCUGCCCAGGGCACACACUCCUCCGAGGGACCUGCCUGAGAGAUCUAAGGUUGGGCUCUGAAGAUCGAGAUCUGACGUUUUUGCUCAGAUUCACAUAGUUUUAGGUGCCAUUUUAGGUUCCAUUUCAGGAAAAUGGUCAUCGACACACACACACACAUCCCACCCCCAGCCUGUGAAAAACCAGAGUAAGAAUAAAAGCAGCAUGUUUGGUCUGACUCAAUAUAGGAAAUCCAAUAUGUUGUAUUUCUCUGGGAACUACAAUAUAAAAAUGUGAUAUUGGAAGUUUUGUAAGAAAAAAAGACAGCGAAUUGUCAUGCUCUAGUUUAAAUAAUUAUGUAAUGCUUCCCAUUAUGUUAUUUUUGUGGGAUGCAGCAGGUUCUUAAACUUCAUUUCAGUAGAAUGGGCUGCAAGCUUAUUUUGAAAAAGCUACAGUGUGCCCUCCCUAUGGGAGCAGACAUGACUGGCCAGCACCCAGGCUGCUUUGGGCACUGCCUUUUCCCAGCUCAGGGCGCCUUCUCGGAUCUGGAGUGGGGCUACUGACUGACCAUUUGCUUCUCAAAAUUUCAGGUUGAGACACGAGAAAUAUAACUUUACUUCCCCCCACCGUGAGAAAGGGGGGCCAUAAUUGUGGUCCAGCUGAAAUACAGCCGUGUCCUUUUGGAAUCCUUUGCCUGUGAGAACAGACCCCUCUGCUCAUCUUGACUAAAGCAACUGAUAACGUCGAGGACUUCAGUGGUCCCAUGGCUGUUAAAUGCGUUAUUUGCAAAAAAAAAAAAAAAAACCUGAGAAACGUCCAUUUUUUCACAUCAUAGAUAGCAAAUUGUCCUGGGUCCUUUUUUUUUUUUUCCUUCAUUUAAAAUGUUUGCUAGUUUGGCUCAAAUGUGAAAACUGUGUCUUUCCCCAGAGCAGGGAAUACCCCGGCCUCCUCCGCUCUUGCUCUCCAUCCCACCAGCAUCUAAAAUCCCUUAACACAAGUCGCGCAGGCCUCCUGGGACAGGGCCGAGCUGGGGAAGGGGCGUGGGGCCACCUUCUGAAGUUUCUACUUGGCCCUGUUGAGGCAGGGAGGUCAGUCACACUUCAGGCCCCGAAGACGAAUGAGUGACCCAUCUUUUCAAGGUAAAAUCAUUCACUUUGGGGAAAUAUGUUCUCUUUUCAAAAGCACACUUGGUCUGUUCUUUUUUUCAGGCCUAAAAAAAAUGUACCUCACAAAAGAUGAAUACCACUCAGUUCCCUUUUUGGUAAGACUGCAGUAUUUGUGUUCGAUUAUCACUAUUUUUUCUACAUUGUAUGAUAAAAAGAACCAUGUUAAUAGCUGUAUCCUAAAUACUGUGAUUUGUUUUUUUAAUCCUAAUAUAUUGUACUAACUUACAAUCACGUAUCUAAUAACAAACAUUUAGAUCUUUGAAAUCAGUGUUAAUUGACAUGUACUCUUAAUAGCCUGGCCUCGUACCUAUCGGGAAAAAAAAGGAAGGAAGCUGGAAUAUCUUAACUGAGAUACAGUUGCACAUUCGUCCUUUCCAUGUCUCCUGAGCCACUUCGAAUUUGUUUCUCUGUGUAACUGUUCCCUCUGCCACACUUCACAUGCAGAGAAGUACAGUGAGUCUGUCAUCUCUACCAGCAAGGCUGCCUCAGCCCCAGGUUCGAAGUCACCGACUACAAAAAGCGUGUCUCAAGAUUGUGAACUCCUAUGUAGUAAGUAGCCAUCUGCUCUGCAAGGAAUUAUUCCCUUGGGUUAUUACCAAAGAACUUUGCAAUUUGAAAUGUUCUGAUGGAAUAUUUGCACUGGCUGGUUCUCUGGCACCCUCCAGGUGGCCCAACCCAAAGCUUAAAACACCCUGUAACCCUCCCGUGCAUUGUCCCGCCCUCCAACCCCCACGAGGAGCCACAGGACCCAAGGGGACUAGUGUUACACACACAUCAGGCCAGUGCAGGUUUCCUGGUGUUUAUCGUUACUAUUCUUGGUGCCUUACACUCAGUAUUUAGGGGCUGACAGACCCCUUGUGUUUAUACUAAAUGGGAGCAGCUCCAAAGCGAGAUUCUGCUGAGCAGGCUCUGACGUCCUCACCGACUCAGACGCUCUCUCUGGGUCUGGCUGGGGUCGAGGAAUCAGAGAAGCCACGCCCAGGGGUGUGCGGAGAGAGCCGACGGCACGUGGAAUCUUCCUAGUGCCGUUAACGUGGUUCCAGGCAAUUAGAAAUGGUUAUAAAAUAACUUUUUGAAAAAAUCUUGGGUCUUAUUCAUUUCCCCACUAGGAGAUUAAACUGAUCGUAUAUAUUGAUUUAUAUCCUGAAUUUAUGAAACUUCUGUGUUGGGAAUGUCCUACUGUAAGACUGAUGAAUGUAAAGAGUUAAUUUCAGGGUACAGAUCUGCCUUAAUGGUUUUAAAAAGUAAACUAUUUUUUAAAAUGA